AUGACCAGUCUUCGGCAUCAAGCUCUAGCGCUUCUAGCGAUCUACAGGAGCAUAGGAACUGUGAACGCAUUACCGCAAGGCAUCACAGCAGCUCCUCUAUGCACCACUACAACGCUGACAUGGGGAAUUGCAACAACUGUUACCAAUAUUGAUGAUUUUGACAGUCGGCUUGGGCCUAUAGCUAGUACGGUAACCGACACGGAUCUCGAGGUUCCAGUAUUCACGACUGCCUUCGACUUCCCGGGUCUAGGUUGGAUUACAGCUUACAGGUUCUACGGAUCAAGUAUCCUUUCAAGCGCUGGCUAUACCGUUACCUCCGGUUUGACGACCAUCACGGCUCCCUGCUCCACGCCCACUCUUCCACCCUCCCCCACAGGAUCCAUCUGUUCACCUCAUGGAGACCAUUGGCACUGCGACCCUCUACCGACCGCAACAGGGAGCGAGGAUCCCCAUACGGAACUUCCACCGUCCCCCACUGGCUCAGCGUGUUCUCCCCAUGGUGAUCACUGGCAUUGCGAACCAUUACCGACUGCGACUCCACCUCCAGGCGAAGGAGAAUGUGAACCCCAUGAUGACCAUUGGCAUUGUCCUCCAGGAGUAGAGCCUCCUUCAACGCCACCACCUUCGGAGCCACAACCGACAACUCCACCGCCGAGCCAACCAACUCAGACAGCUCCAGUGGACGGAGAGUGUGAGCCUCGUGGCGAUCAUUGGCACUGCCCACCUGGUGUCCCGGAGCCAACCACUCCACCUCCGACCGAACCUCUUCCUACUCGGCCGACUCUCAAUCCUCAGCCUACCUUUCCGUCAGGAGAAUGCGAGCCUCAUGGCGAUCACUGGCAUUGUCCAGAUGGUGUACCAGAACCUUCGAGCCCACCGCCUACAAAUCCUCAGCCAACGAACCCUCCUCAAGAGUGUGAACCACACGGUGACCACUGGCACUGUCCAGACGGAGUUCCAGAGCCUUCGAGUCCACCGCCCACGCAUCCUCAGCCAACAACCCCUGCUCAAGAGUGUGAGCCUCAUGGCGACCACUGGCACUGCCCAGAUGGCGUACCGGAACCACCAAACCCUCCAACAACCAGUCCUCAGCCGACAGCACCAUCACAGGAGUGUGAGCCUCACGGAGAUCAUUGGCAUUGUCCAGACGGAGUGCCGGAGCCUACAAGCCCACCACCCGUGAACCCACAGCCAACCUCUCCUCCUGCCGGAGAAUGUACCCCACACGGUGAUCACUGGCAUUGUCCUGAUGGCGUACCGGAGCCUCCAACUCCACCUCCAACUACAACUCCUACCGAGGAGUGCACUCCACAUGGAGAUCAUUGGCACUGCCCUGAUGGUGUUCCCGAGCCAUCGACUCCGCCUCCGGCAGAGCAGCCAACUACACCCCCGUCAGAAGUCUGCACUCCGCACGGAGACCACUGGCAUUGUCCCGAUGGCGUUCCAGAGCCUACCACUCCACCACCUGCUGAGCCUCAUCCAACUGCACCAGCCACUGAAUGCACCCCACAUGGAGAUCACUGGCACUGUCCGGAGGGCGUUCCAGAGCCGACAACGCCGCCUGCUGUUGAACCUCAGCCCACCGCGCCAGGUGGAGAAUGCACACCUCAUGGUGACCACUGGCACUGCCUCUCCUACAGCCCCGAUGGUGUUCCGGAGCCAACCACGCCGCCACCGACCGCACCCCAACCAACGAGCCCAGCGGAAACGUGUGAACCCCACGGAGACCAUUGGCACUGUCCUGAAGGUGUGCCUGAGCCUAUAAUAUCACCAGCAGCGACUCCUCAACCAACCUCGCCGGCGCAAGAAUGUGAACCCCAUGGAGACCACUGGCAUUGCCCGGAAGGUGUUCCUGAACCAACCACCCCUCCACCAGUAUCUCCCCAGACUACCCCAAUUGCUGAGGUUUGCGAGCCUCACGGUGACCACUGGCACUGCCCAGAGGGUGUCCCAGAACCGACGACACCACCAGCUGCAACAGCCCAGGCCACGGGACAAGAGUGUACUCCACAUGGCGAUCAUUGGCAUUGUCCUGACGGCGUGCCGGAACCAACGACCCCUCCACCAGUCGCAAGCCCGACCCAAACUCCAGAAGAGUUCACGGGAGCUGCGUCCGGGAUCAGAGGGAAGGAUGUCUUGGCUACCUUUGGAGUCAGUCUGAUGGCCCUUGCUCUGGGCUUCGGUAUGAUGUGAUAGACGAUAAUAGUUAUGGUACACGAAAUGGAAUGGAAAAUGAAGGUUUCUUUUGGCGCGAAGUCAUUCGCUGAUACUACGAUUACUCGAUGAAAAAUUAUGGACAGUCA